AUGGAGCAGUUGAGGGCUGCUGAGCUCUCUGCAUCAGUGCCUUUCUCCAUAAGUCGUAUUUUAGGAGAGUCCUGGCGGAUGCAGCCGCGGUCUGGGGAGGAUGGGGAAACUGCAGUAAGGUAUCAAGAGAAGCCUUUGCACAAUAGCAGCAACGUGAAGACCUUAGUUCAUUCGGAGAUGGAGGAGGAAGAGCCUGAGGGCGGAAGGACAGCACCAGCGUGUGAACCUGGAAGCCAGCAGAAAGCGAGGAGCGGGCGGGAGAGGAGGAAGAAGGCUAGGACUGUGUUUUCUCAGACUCAGGUUUUCCAGUUGCAAUGCACGUUUGACCUGAAAAGGUACCUGAGCAGUGCGGAGAGGGCUGGGCUGGCCGCCGCUCUGCAGCUAACAGAGAACCAAGUCAAGAUCUGGUUUCAGAAUCGGCGGAAUAAGUGGAAGCGACAGCUCGCCAAUGAAUUCGAAUUAGCACAGCUCGACACCGAAACACAGGCCCUGGACCCCUUGUCAUUCUACGACCGGGAUAGCGUGCUGGCCGCUUGGGGAGACUCGAUGCCUCCUCCCAACCCUUUAUACGCAAGCACAUUUGUGCCUUACUACAGGGCUGUGCUCCCACACGAUGGGCCUUUCCUCUCGUAUGUUAUGUUGGGCAAUUAUAGAAUUGUUUAAUAUUGGUUUAAUCCUGAAUCUCACAAUAACGCGGUACUUUCGGAGGCAACUUUAUGGACCGGGAACAUCAUUUUUCAGACCCCCUGUCCUUUUUAUUUGAGAAGCAGAACGGUAAUGUUGUGAGCUAUAUGCGAUGUUUGUGCAGCGAGCGGAUCGAUAACUAUAUCGGUAUUACAUGUAAUCUUGUUUCAAACAUUUUCUUGAUAUAACCCCGACUGUUGCUAAAUUACAUGGCUCUCCCACCCCCCUGAAACUCCGACCGACACACCCCCCGCCACACACAAAAUAAAACAUCAUUCUGAAAUGGCUGAACUGAUUCCGAAAUGAGCGGGGAACACAGUAUGUGAAUAUUGGCGUCCUUAUUGAUCACUGGAUGAACGUAACCAGCGAUUGUAGUGUAAUGGAAAACCAAAGUAUAAUA